AAAAUGGCGAUUGCACAAGACAAAACAGAUAAUUUUGAUGAUUUAUUGACAUGUACUAUUUGUUUGGAGACCUUUACAAGGCCUAUAUAUUUACCAUGUCUCCAUACUUUCUGCAAAACAUGCAUUAAUACUUACAUUAAGUCGACCGUGGGAAAGGAGAAAACAACAACGAACUUUCAGUGUCCGAUUUGUCGACAGAAUGUUUUGAUGGGAGAGUCAACAGGUAAUCCUGAGACCUGGGCUGAAAAAUUACCAGGUAAUCAUUUUGUUACUUCAAUGAUGGAUAGACAAGCAAUAAGAAGAAGCGAAAAAAUAUGCGACUCUUGUAAAGCGAACAAUGAAUCGAAAAAUGCGUUAUCUUGGUGCAUUGUAUGUGGAGAGGCGUUUUGUGAAUCUUGUGAAAAAUGUCAUAAAUCGUUCAAGAUGACUGCAAAACACCCGAUCAUGUUGCUGAAAGACAUUGUAACUAACAAAGAAACGUUAAGCAUUUCUUCGUUGAUAUAUUGCGAAGAACAUUCAGGGGAGGUAGUAAAGGCUUACUGUGUUGAUCAUUCUGUACCAUUAUGUACAUUAUGUGCGACUUUAUCGCAUAGAAAAUGUGAAGAUGUCAUAACAAUCGAGAAGGCAGCUUCAGGUAUAACAAAAUCAGAACAAGCUAUGAAAUUGUCUACAGAUCUAAAAGAAACGAGCAAACAGCUGUCCGAAUUAAUACAGAAAAGGAGAGACCUUAAGACCGAUUUCGAAAAGGAGGCUGAAGCUAUUUUUACAAAAGUCAGUACCAUUAAGGAUAACAUUGUUGAACAUCUAAACACAAUUGAAGAACGAAUUAAGGACGAAAUAACCAAAUCGAAGAAGGAAGUCGGCCUGAAACUUUUCGAAAAGUCAACAGAACUUGAAAGUCUAAAAAGUACAGUUGAUAACUGGAUUACAAUAUUUGAUACCUGUUUACAACAUGGGUCCGAAGUGCAGUGUUUAUUGGAACUUAAUAGAAUCAACGAAAAUAAGGUGACAUUUGGUGAUGUAUUUGCCAAAGGUACAAGCGAAAUGAAGAAUGUUUCCAUGCUUCUAGAGACUAAUGAUCUAGCAGAAGCAUUUGCUGACCAAGUCGCAUCUAUAGGAGUUAUUAGGCUAGUUGAAAGCGACGCAAGAGUUCCGAAGUUAACUUUCAGAAAGAAUGCAAAUUUUCAAACGGGGAAUAUAAAUGUAAUUAAAGUCAUUGAACUUACUGGACAGUCUGUCUUUCUAAGUGGUCUUUUUAUGAGAGAUGAAUUUAUCUUUACACACAACCAGUUAUUGAAAAUAUUGAAAUAUAGCCACAACGGAAGCCGACUCUCUGAACUUAAGUUAUCAAACAAACCAUGUGAUAUAGAUGAAAUAAGUGGCACAAUAGCUGCAGUAUCAACAGAUUCGAAUAAUAUUUUUACCAUCAACAUGAAUGAUAUGACAAUGUGCCGUGUAAUUGGUAACACCUUUUCAUCUCAUGGAUUCUGUCAUGUCAACGGAGAAUUUAUUCUGGCACGUAAUAAUACUUUAACCUGGAUAAGCUCUUCCACCGGUGUCAAAACUGAACAAGCUGAAACAAACGGGGACACCUUUUAUAUUUAUGCACAAGACCGCAAAAAUUAUAUCUGUGCAGAUGGAACAAAUACAGUGUCCAAAACGGUAAAUGAUACAAAAGUCUUUACUUACACAAAUGAUAAACUUCAAAACCCAAGAGGUAUAGAUGUAGAUACCGAUGGGAAUGUGUAUAUUUGCGCAUUCUCGUCGGGAAAUAUACACCAACUGACGAAAGAUGGCAAGCUGGUAAGAAUUAUUCCAGCCGAGAGUGUUGGAAUAAAACAACCCUGUGUUAUUCGUUUCAAGAAAAACAGUAACCAGUUCCUUGUUACUUGCUAUCAAACAGGGAAAGUUGUUGUGUGUGAAAUUUUUUGAACCUUACAGCCGGAACGCAAUCAUCUGAUUUGUCCGUUAAAACCCCGGAUAUGCGACAAGAGAAUCAAGUGGAGAUAAUUUGGGGAAAAGCUGUCAACAGAUGUCGCUCCGCGGUAAAAAGAAAAUUGGCCGUGAACGACGCAUCGAAAAAUCGCAAAUUUCAUUUAAAAUAAACGGAAUUAUAGACCGAUCUAGAACAUAUUUCAUCUAAAGUAUUCAAGCAAAAUAAAUUUAUAAAAAAAGCGGGAUGACAUAAGACAUUUUAAUAAAUUCAAGCGAUUAUUUCCAUUUUGUGAAACGGACAUUUUUUUCACAUCGACUGCCCUGGUCAAUUUUUCAGCUCAAAACGAAUCAUCACACCGCCGGUUUACCUAGUGAAAAUAAAUAUGACUGGUAUAUUUUGAUACAUUGAGGCAUGGAGAAUAGCUACAGUAUGGUCACAUGACGUUACCAGGCGAUUUAAAAUACUUAAGCGGCCUGUCAACCCCAAAGCAUAUUUGUAGGUAGCGGGGAAAAAAUCCUCUCCUAAUUUUUGAAAUACGUCCAUAUUUUGAAUCAAAUGAAACUUAAUACUGGUUAAAUCAUUAAGAAAUUAUGUAGUCUUGAUAUUUUCUCCAAUAUUUAACCUUUCCAGCUAAUUUUUACUUAUUAUUCCCCUUUUCUGCCCCAAUGACGUAGUCUGAAUUAAGAGUUCACAGUUGAAAAAGAUUGUUUACAAACAAUAAUUUCCACGUUUUCAUCUGCAAAACGUAUUUCUGACUCGUUGAAAAUUUACAAGACACUAAUUAAUAAAUUUUAAGUCAAAAAGAAAAAGUUUGGGGUGGGGGCAACAUUCAGACCAUGAAUCUUUUAUAAAAAAAAAUGUAGCCUUCAACACCAACACCUUAAAUACUGAAAUUUGUUAUCGUCCUCUGCAUUCUUAUGUCCAUAUAUAUAAUAGCAUACAAAAAGAAUAAAGAAUGGAGAUGGGGAAUGUGCAUUCCAAAAUGUACAAAACAACCCAAGCUAGGCCAUCAAUGUGUCUUCAACACAGCAAGAAAUCCUACAAGAGUUGGGCUUGAGCAGGCCUGGAAAUGUAUGAAUUUUGAAGGGGGAGAUUUACAGGGACCAGUCCCGUCCGCACCGCCUUUUCAAGCUAAAUUGAUGAUUAUAGUACAUAUUUUUAUAUGUCCCACUUCUCUCUUUUCAUAAUCCUUAAUAAUCUGCAUCUGGUUUAAUUGAAAUUGCUAGGAAGGGCGCUAACUGCCUAUUACCCUAUUUCUCAGAAUCCUAUGUCGUUCAAUAAACUUUUUUGUUUCUUUUUUGCUAAUUUCAAGAAAAAUGAAAUAUGCACAUAUUUGUAUAGGACUGGUGAUAUAAUUUCACUUUUUCUCCAAUUUUAAGGUUACUUCUUUUCUACAUUUAGUGUUGACCAACAGUCUUACAUACUUACAGACAAAUGGAUAUAUUCGUACAUGUAUAACAUUUGUAUAGGUGUCCAGCAUACUCAUUUUGGGGCUCUUCUACAGCAAUUUAUUGACAUGACAAUUAAUUCUUACUGUUACCUUUCCUCUAAAUGAUGAGCUCAGAUAAUUUAAUAUGCAGCAUUUAAAGCUGGUAUGUUAUGAUCCAUGUAAAUGUUUCAAUGUUACAAUGUUUAUAUAGAUUCUAAAUUGAUGUUUACAGUCCCCUACCAACAAAGUUGAAGGGGACUUUAGGUUUGCACCCUGUCCAUCAGUCCGUCUGUCAAUCAAUCCGUCCGGGAAAUCAGCUUUCCACACUUUUUUUGUCAUGCUUGAAGAUAUUGGUUUGAUAUUUGGUAUAUUAUAAUAUAACCAUGACAAGUUACAGAUCAAGUUCUAAUUUUGUUCCGGUCUGAUGAUUUUUUGCAGAAUUAUGGCCCUUGGACUCAAAAAAAUCACAUAAGUAAUCUGUUUUCUGCAUAUAUACAUUGUGUAGUUUAACCUUUACAAGUUUCAGAUGAAGUUUAAAUUUUGUUCUGAUUUGAUGAUAUUUUGCAGAGUUAUAUGAUCCUUAGUCCUAGAAAAAUCACACAAUUAAUCAAUUUUCUGCACUUUUCUUUUUAGUCAUGCCAGACUACCAUUAUACUGAUUUGAUAUUUGGUAUCUAUAGUUUUAACAUGACAAUUUACAUAUCAAGUUCAAAUUUUGUUUUGGGGAACAAAUAAUUUCAACUGGUAGGGGAUGGCAAUACUCUCAGAAUGCUGGAUACUAUCCAUGCUGGUCUGCGUCCACACUUGUUAACCAUUCUUAUAAUUAAUACUAUAUAUGCUGUUUCUCGCAUUUCACUUUAAUUCUAUUUGUAUGUAUUUACUCAGGUUCAUAUGAAAUUGAAGAUAUCUGAUACAUGUAUACAAUGUUCAAUAUUCUGUAACUGUCUGCCUUUUGUUAUGAAUUUCAGGUUCUUUAAAACAUAAAUAAGAAGUGGAGAGCUUCAUAAUAUGGCCACUGAAAUGUUUAUUUCAUUGUGAAAUUUUCUGUGAAUUCUGCCAAAAAGGAGUGUCUAAAUUUCACUAAAAUUUUCAUUAAUUAUAUGGGAGGUAACUCUGGUUGCCCUAAAUAAAGAGCUGUAAAUUAAGUAAAAAGGUGCACUAAGGAAGACAACUCUUACAUUUUUUUUAGAUUCAUUUUGAACACAAAAGAGUUUUUUGGGGAUUUAAAACAAUUCGCAUGGAUUCAAUUUAAGAUAACUUAUAUUUAAAUAUUUAGUUCUAUUCUUCUAAUUGCACUUUCAUGUUUUCAAGUUCUAAAAAUUGGGAAAUUUAGUAUGAGUUUGGAUGUUUUCUUGAACAGGUCAUGGCUAAGCUGCUACUGGACAAGACAAAAUCAUCCCAACUGUGUAUUUUUUUUCAACCAUGUGAUCAAGUAGCAAGUUGUUAUAUUUUUUUCAAGAACUGCCAAAUUUUUGCAGUCGUAUAUUGGUAUGACAUUGUCAUCGUACGAAGACAGAUGGUUUCCAGAUAAUAACUUUAGUAUAAGUAAAUAGAAAUCUAUGAAAUUUUAACACAAGGUUUAUAACCACAAAAGGAAGGUUGGGAUUGUUGUUGGGGGUUAUGGUACUAACAGUUUAAGAAUUAGGGGCCAAAAAAGGGGCCCAAAUAAGUAUUUUUGUAGUUUCCAGACAAUAACUUAAGUGUAAGUGUAUGAAUCUCUCUGAAAUUAUACCACAAAUUUCCAUACUACAAAGGGAUGGUUAGGAUUGACUUUUGGAGGUUAUGGCUCAAACCAUUUAGGAAUUAGGGGCAAAAAAGGGGGAAAACAAGGAUUUUUUUGCUUAAAGGACAAUUAAGACAAUUUAAAAGCAGUGUAAGGGAGGUAAUCCAAUCCCGUUUAAAGAAAAAUGUUGUGUAUGGUUGAUUACCUGCCUUACAAUGCUUGUAAAUUAUGUAUUAAGAAAUGAUGAUUGUCUUGAGGUGAUUAGCUGUCAAUUUAUUUUUUGCAGUUACUAUUAAUUAAUAUUAAUUUUAACCAUGACUAUGUAUGUCAUUUUAUAUUUUAAGACUUUUAUGAUGUAUUUAAAUGGGUAAUUAUGGUUGCAAACUCCAUUAGAAAUUUGAAUUGAGAUUCUGACCAUAUCUUGAGGGAAAAAUUUUUUUUUGGAAUGAGGGAAAGGGGGAGGUGAAAAAAAUUUGGAGGGGGGUUUCAAUAAGAAUUUGUGGGGGGACAAUUUUUCUCAUUUCAGAUUUCAGAAAUUAAAAAGAAAAUUUCUUCAAAUACUUUUUUGUGGGGUUAAUAUUCAACAGCAUAGUG